UGAACACAGUCCAAAACCCCCCCAACGAGAAUCAUAAAAUCACAAACAAAAUACCAAAACACGAAAAAUAACAAGGUAAUCAAUAGUCUAUUUAACAUAUAUUAUUACUAGUAGAAUACAAGAAAUAAAGAAGUAAUAACAUUCUGUGAUAAUUGGGUAUAAACAUUAGCUUAUCAAUAAAAACAUGGAGUGUGAAGAUAUUGAUAGUUCAGAAGUAAAUUGCCUCAGAAAGGAAAUAGAGGAUGAUUCUAACCGGCCAUUUAAUAAUGAACCAAGCACGUCUAGAGCCGAAUGCCAAAGGAUCUCAUUGAAUGGUGCAACAACCAGUGAAUGUACUUCAACGCAAACUGAGCCUGUUAUUCCUGAUACAGCCCAUCCUCAGUCACCCAAUCCAAGCGAGUCGAAAGAAAACAUUGAAGAUCAUGAAAUGAAAGAAUCAAUUGAAAGUAAGAAACCAAGCUUAUCCGACCUAUAUAGCGUUUUAGGGGGACCGAUUGCCGACGACUUCAAGCUAAAAGAGCCUAACAGCUAUUAUACCUCAGUGACAGGUCCUACUUUUUACCAUCUCAAAGGUCAUUUAACAACCAAACCAAUAUUAUCAAAAAAUCUCGCAGAACAAUUUGAUUCUUUACCAAUCUUUGGGUCACCAGAUACAAAGAGUGAUCUGAAUCAGUUUUAUGAUGAAAAAAUUAGAGCUUUUGUGGGAGACGAUCUUAAUGAUGAAGACUUUGAAAUGCUUUCUAAGUAUUGCAGCCCGGAGCAUUUAAAGACAGGUACAGAACUACUUAUGCCGUUGGCAGCCCCGAAAAAUGGACUUCUCCCGAAUGACAGUGAAGAAAAGUUGAAUAUAAUAAAGUCCUCAAUAGAAAACUGCGACACUAAACUGUGUAUUCACAAAAAGCUUACGCUGCGAAUUGAGAAAGAUCUUGGAAACCACUAUAACAAGAAACUGAAAUACAGGGGCAUUCGGAUCAUCCCUCUUGCACCUGACCUUGGACUUGGGCAAUUAGAUUGUAAGCAACCUGCAAAUGAGACAGAUCAAGACUUAGUCCCUGGUAAGGACUUGUUAUUCAGAGUGAGAAUAUACCGGCCGUAUGACUACAACAUAAAAUACUUUAGGGGCCGCUCCCGGCACGCGGUUUUCGUGUGCGACGUGGUGUUGCCGGGCCGGGCCGCGCUGACGGCGCUGCGGGACCGCUUCGUGUGCCCCAACGACGUCGGCAUGCGCCUCGACGUGUCCGAGGCGCCCGACGUGCCGCCCGCCACCAACGCCAAGGACGUGUUCCCAUCGGGCUUCCUGUUCAUCAACAACGUGUUCUACGUGGACACGCGGCCGGGCUGCGUGGACCACGCGGCGGGGCUGCGCGAGUGGGCGCGCCGCCGCGGGCUCGGGGACUUCCCCUCGCGCGACAUGUGCCAGGCCGCCGUCGGGGACAUCGUCAUGCGGCUGGGGUACCCGGAGGUGACUACACUGGGCCGUGUCCCCUCGGCUCCUGCUCAUCACGUGUGCUAGCGGGCCCGGGGACUUCCCCUCGCGCGACAUGUGCCAGGCCGCCGUCGGGGACAUCGUCAUGCGGCUGGGGUACCCGGAGGUGACUACACUGGGCCGUGUCCCCUCGGCUCCUGCUCAUCACGUGUGCUAGCGGGCCCGGGGACUUCCCCUCGCGCGACAUGUGCCAGGCCGCCGUCGGGGACAUCGUCAUGCGGCUGGGGUACCCGGAGGUGACUACACUGGGCCGUGUCCCCUCGGCUCCUGCUCAUCACGUGUGCUAGCGGGCCCGGGGACUUCCCCUCGCGCGACAUGUGCCAGGCCGCCGUCGGGGACAUCGUCAUGCGGCUGGGGUACCCGGAGGUGACUACACUGGGCCGUGUCCCCUCGGCUCCUGCUCAUCACGUGUGCUAGCGGGCCCGGGGACUUCCCCUCGCGCGACAUGUGCCAGGCCGCCGUCGGGGACAUCGUCAUGCGGCUGGGGUACCCGGAGGUGACUACACUGGGCCGUGUCCCCUCGGCUCCUGCUCAUCACGUGUGCUAGCGGGCCCGGGGACUUCCCCUCGCGCGACAUGUGCCAGGCCGCCGUCGGGGACAUCGUCAUGCGGCUGGGGUACCCGGAGGUGACUGCACUGGGCCGUGUCCCCGCCGGCUCUUGCUCAUCAACGCAUAGUUGUACCUAGCUUUUAAGCCUAGCAGACUGACCUAAUGGGGCAGUCAAGCUAGAUUGUGUGUCAGGCGGGGCAGUCUGGUGGUCAGAUUUUUAGGCGAAGCAGUCGGGCCAGUUUCUGAGCCAGAAGGAGGAGGCAGCCUGACCUGACAGAAAGGGGAGGUGGCAGUCUGGUCAGCGUCUGUGCCCGCCAGGGAUGAGGGCAGUCUGGCCCAGAGAGGGCAUCCGUUUUUUAUAGUCCAACGACGGCGGGGCAAGAUUAGAAUCAGCGUUACUCUGAUCUCGAGUCGGCCAGUCCGAAACCGACACUGUUGGGAUAUUGUCGCCUUAAAGAUAUGUACUAUUCAUGGUGCCCUUCUGGGUCUCUUCUCUGCCCCUUGACAUAACACCUUAAUCACUGCAUAUUGCGCUACAGCUAACUUACUCAAGCUUACUUUAAA